AUGUUCAAGUUCAAUUUUAAUGCAGAUGAGUUUGAUGCUUCUGAAUCUAAAGAAAAUGAUGACCAUGUGGUCAAAACAGAAGAAUUAACUAAUUCUUAUCCAUUAGCCACUUUGCCAUUCACAGAAUUGAUCAUUGGAGAUAAGUCAUUAAAACUAAUUCAAGAAUUUCCUAAUACAUACAAUUCGGAUCUCAUUCCUGGCACUUAUGAAGGAGGAUUUAAACUUUGGGAAUGUACUCUUGAUCUCUUAGAAUAUCUAAGCAAUAACACCAUGUACUGUAAAGAAAAAUCAGUCUUAGAUUUAGGCUGUGGUACGGGCCUUUUAGGAAUUUUUACACUGAUUUCUGGAGCUCGGAAUGUCGACUUUCAAGAUUUUAAUAAAGAUGUAUUAACCAAUACAACUAUGAAUAAUGUAUUAGUAAAUUGUAAAGACAGGUUAAAAGUUUGCAAGUACUAUUCAGGUGAUUGGAAAUCAUUUACUACAUUUAAUGAAGAUACCUAUGAUCUCAUUUUGACAUCAGAAACUAUAUACAAUGUAAACAACUAUACGAAGCUUAUCAAAUUAUUUGAAAAUAAAUUAAAACCAUCUGGAAGUAUUUUAUUAAUUGCCAAAAAUUAUUAUUUUGGUGUUGGUGGUUCAAUUACUGAAUUUUUAAAUUGUUUAAAAUCUUCUAAAAUGAAUUCGGAUAUUGUUUGGACAAGUACAGACGGAGUAAAAAAAACUUUGCUCAAUAUACAUUUUUGA